CAUCACCCUUUUUACGAAUACAAGCAGAAAUCUAUGAAUUUUUAGUUUUACAUAAUUUUGUUCAUGUUAAUUGUGCUCUUAAUCUAAAUGUUUGAAACUCUGAGGUAGUUUAAACAUUUCGCGGAAUGAUUUAGUUUUUUCUUUUUUUUUUGCAUUACAGAUGGUUCCCGCUUUUGAAGUACAGAGAAUAAUAGAGUGUAUAGAUGAUAAGACCACGUUGCCUUAACCCUUGAUUUACUCGUCUCAACCUGCCUGACUGAAAGCACGUGCUCUGUCGGAAGUCAACAAGGACCAACAUGAGAUUUCGGGUACGCCAUCCCGAGGUACAGGUUCAUAUUGCAACUAUGUUUGGUAGUUGGGUGUCGACUUAGGCAAGUAUGGCAGCGUCAGCGCAGGCACUGGAGAACUGUACGGAGCAGAAAAGGCCUGAUAAUGGAGAUCAUUUAACUCGAAGUGGGUAUGGGACUUUAAUCUUAAAGAAUGGGGCUGCAGCUGAAGAAAUUCGUUUUACUAAAGAAGCAAAAGGUAACUUUAUUGUAAACAAUAAAGUCAGAUCACCAAAUAAGAACCCAGAAAACUCAAAGAAAGACAUGAUAAUGGAAAACUUUCAACAUGGAGGUAGGUCUACAUCAGCAAAUAUCAGUGCUGAACAUGCAGCAUUUAACGCAAACUUGGAGAGACCACGAAUCAAUUCUGAGUUUCAGACAUAUAACCAAACCACUAGGGAAUCCGUGUUACCGAGUGAUGAGUAUCGAAAUCCUCAAGACAACGUACAUCACGGUUCUGUUUCAAACUACGUUCGAGGGUACGUUGACCGUACUGGUGGUAGUUAUCCACAGGAACAACAUGGCGGUACGAUCGGGUCUGGAAGCAGUGACGAUGGGAAUUUAAACUCGCAGCUUAACCAUAAUAAUUUUAUUUCUCAAUUGAACCAACAAUCAAGAGUAGGAUUUUCACAUUCUUCCCGAAUGAUGAACUUUGGCUCGCUUCAUCCAUCAAGGCUUGUCUCAAGUGCCUCAGCAAUGGGUGGUUAUCCUAGCAGUGCUUCUUCACAACAAAAUCGUUUUCUCUCUUCUUCAGAUCAGAAUGUUGGUCAACAAGGUGGACCAACUCCUACCUUAAACCAACUAUUACAAGUACCAAAUUCCAUACACCAUUAUCAAAACAAUUACGGAGAUUUUGGGAGAAAUCAAGAAGUCUCAAAAGGAGUUGGGGAAUUGGCUAAUAUCACCUCUCAGUACCCUGGUGUUGGCAACAGUAACAAUUCUCCAAUAAUUAAUCCAUCUUGGAACAAUUUACAGAACGUGAACCCAUAUCAGCAAACGUCAAACUCUUUUCAUAACUAUAGAAAUCAGAGUGGGUCCACAUCCGAACCUAGUGUGAAACAACCAUACAUUACUUCUGGUCAGCAGAACCCACUGAUAUCUCCUCAUGGCCAGUGUGGUCAGCAUUAUCCCCAACGGUUAUAUCUGCCAACACAAGAACAACCUCAAAGUUCAUCAUCCUUUAUCGUUAACCAAGGUUACUCCCAGCAGGAUACUGCCGAUGUUCCUUUAGACUCCGGUGGAAGGGAGAGUGGUAAUACCACUCCAGUCCUGAGGGCACCAAGUACACCUCCAACUUCUCAGGUACAGUCUCUCCUUCAAAGAGUGUCGCCACUGAGGCCUGUUCCCUCACCUUCGGGAUCAUCAACGGGUUCACGGUCCAUGUCUCCAGCUGUUGGUAAUCAGCAGAGCUUGCCCAUGCCUCCUAGACCAUCAAGCCAGUCUGAUGGCAGUGGUUGUAACAAAAUGAAUCCAUUGACAAUGGGUAGUCAAAGUAAUUACCCUCGACCUCUAAACUCUUUGGGUAUGACUGGUUAUGGUGGUCCAAGCAAAAAUAGCUGUCCACCAAGUGCCUCUGGUGCUGUUGGACAACCUAGUGCUUCAAGAGUGAUAAAUCAUGUACCAGUGCUUCAGAAUUUUGGAGUGUCACCUGGCAGUGGGUAUGUAAAUUCACAAUAUAGCAGUGGGCCUCCUCAACAGGGAUAUGCUGCAAACAACAUGAUGCCUCCACCAAAUCAAUACCGUAAGGGUUCUGGUACACCUUUGGGAACAGGACCUCAGGCAGCUGCCCAAGCUGCUAUGAUAGCUGCAGCAAACACAGUUAAUUCACGACCACCAGCAGUGCAUGUACGUCAACAUAUUCAGCAAAAGAUGUAUGGAAAUGCUGCUUACAGUAAUAUGCAUUCACCUCAGCAUCAACAGCCACAUCAAGGGAUUCCGGCAUCCAUGGCUCUCCCUGCAACUAGCAGCACCCUAGUUUCUCAGACUUCUCCCCAUCAAAUGGUACCUUCACCAUCAUCAGGAAAUUGCAGCUCGAGUUCAGUUCUUGGACUCAACAUUCCAAACAACCAAGAAAUGUCUAGUGUAGGACCUCUUCCUUCUUCUGGCACACCAUCCUCUCAGUCUUUAAUUAGAAACCAUAAUUCUCCUAUGUCUCCAGCAGCUGCUGUAAUGAAUGGUACAAAUAGUUCCUCUCCUGGUGGUGCUGGUGGGUUUAAUCAGACAUUAUCGCCAUCUAUUGUUACAACCUCUACUGUAGUUACCCAAAGCAUCAGCAGCCCUGUUACAUCAUCUACCAUCAUUGUGUCUGGGACAGCAGUUAUUCCAACAGAAGGAGGACAACAUCAACAUCAAGUAGCACCUUCCAUGAUGUCACAGCACCAUCAACCACCUGGUAGAUGUUCAUUUGGUGCCAACCCUCCACCCAUUUUAGACGAAGGAAGUCAAGCAUCCAAUGCAUCUGGGUCAUCAUCCUUACCAGACGAAAGAGGUGAAACACCAAAACCUAAUCAUAAAACAGCCAUUUCUCAUCCUCCUACUCCAAAUCCUCUUUCAUCACCCAAUACAACCUCUAUGUCCUCUUUUCAAGAUGAUUUUGAAAGUGCACCAAGUCCAGGUUGGCCGAGAACACCCUCCAGCCCUGUUGUAAACAGCCAUGGAUAUGAAUAUAAUAUAAAGAGGCCUGAUGGUCUACUAAAACUCUAUGAUAUAUCAGAUGAGCCUGAGCGGCAUGCCUUUCUUGAUAAACUAAUUAUGUUCAAUGAGGAACGAGGAACUCCACUUUCCCAGUGUCCCACAAUUAGCAAACAACCUCUGGACUUGUAUCGACUCUAUCUCACUGUGAAAACAAAGGGGGGCUUUUUUGAUGUAACAAAAUCUAAACACUGGAAAGAUGUUGCAGGAUGUGUAGGAAUUGGAGCUUCUUCUAGUGCAGCUUACACUCUGCGGAAACAGUACAUCAAGCAUUUAUUGCCAUUUGAAUGUAAAUUUGACCGUGGUGGUGUAGAUCCACAGCCAAUUGUACAGCAAGCUGAAAUAGCAUCUAGGAAGAAAAACAAAAGUCUUGCUUCAUCCUCUAAUGUACAGGAACCUUUUCCACAUACUACUUCUAGUAGUCAGCCCACGGAUGGUUUCCUCCCAGGAAACUAUCUGGCAUCAUUUGCUCACCCUGGACAAGGUGCAAGUCCUAGCCCUAUGCCCAACUCUGAGUUUUCUGCCCAUGGGCAAAACCAGCUUUCAGGAUAUCCUCAAGGCCCACCUCAUUCUAACCAUUUAGGUACAGUUCAGGAAGGUGGCAUGUCUGUUCCUCCACCUGUAAACAUGCAGUAUCAGCAUAGAUCCAUGCCUGACUCUUAUAGUUACAGUCAGCCACCAGUGAAUGCCAUGGGACCAGCCUACCGUGGAGGUCAGUCAAUGACCAGUGGAGGUUCUUAUAGCUACAACAGCAACUCAUCCCAUGAUCAGUUUCGUGAACAGUAUGGUAGUCAGCCUAGCAUGAUUUCUUCUUCUGAAGGGACUUACAGAAAUAGGAACAUCAUACAGGAUAAUUACAAUUCAUUUCCACCUAGUCAUGCUGUUGGUCCUCAGGGUCCCCAAUACUCUUAUCAAGGACCAUAUGAGAGAGAAAGGUAUGAACAUCAGCUACCUGCAGUACCUCAGCCAUCAUCCCAACCAGGAAGUAUGAUGGGGCCUACUCAGAAUGAUCCCGCUUUGUACCCUUCAAGAUACCACAAUCAGCAAUUGAUGCCUCAAAAUCAGGAAAAUAUAGGCAUUCAACCAGGUAGCAAUUACCAAGGCCAGGUUCCUUCAGGCCCAACUCCUUCUCAAACUCCAUUUUCAACUUCCGGACUUACUGAAGGUCAGACUCUAAACCAAGGGCAGUAUGUGCAAGGUCAGCAAGGAUUAGACAAUCAGUGUAACUACCAGAUGCCACGCAUCCAGUCUGCACUAGCUCAGCGAUUAAUGCCUAAAAACCCACAGAACAUGUACAUCCAAGGUGUAACCUCACCUAAUAAGAUGAGCCCCACUAGUGGACCCCCACGUGAUGUAUACCAGCAAGACACAUAUGGAAAACGAACACCAGAAUUUAUGAGGCCACCUCCAAGUCAACCUGACCAGUACCACAUAGAAAGCUAUGGACAUGAUCAGACACAGGGAUCCUAUGGAGAUCGAAAUCAUUUCUACAGAGGAUCACAAACGAUGAUACCACCUAACACAGGAAUGCCUUCACAUGGUUGGCCAAGAGAUAGCCACUAUCGUCACUACCCUUCUCAAGCACAAUACCCACCUGCCCGCCGAGAUGCAUGGGAUGGACCACGACUAAUAGAUGGAUCCCCAUCAGGUGCGACUCAUUGGGGUAUGUCUCCUUACCCUUCAGGUAGUGGAGUGAGUAUGGUCAAUAAAUUGCAAUAUGGGCAAGACCGGAUGUCCUAUCAAAUCAAAAAGAUGCCUCCUUACUCUGCAACAGCCCAGGCUUCUCAUUAUCCUACUCUGAAGAAAGAGAUCAUCUUUCCAAUUAACACUGUGGAAGGAGUAGUGCCUGUACUAACUAAAAGACGAAGACUAACACCCAAAGAUGUGAGUCCUGUUGAUCCAUGGAGAAUCAUGAUGUCACUAAAGUCUGGAUUAUUAGGUGAAAGCACCUGGGCCCUGGACACUCUCUCUGUUCUACUCUAUGAUGACAAUUCACUAUUGUAUUUUGGUUUAAGUCAUUUGCCUGGUCUCUUGGAAGUACUUCUGGAACACUACAGACGCUGUCUAAACCUCAUAUUUGGUCUAGGUGAUGAGUUAGAAAUGGUAUAUGAUGUUCAUAAUUAUGGUAGCUCAGAUACUGAGGUACAGUACCCUGUCUUUGAACAUGACAGUGAUUGUUCUAAAGUUCAAGACUGUUCAGAAAACAGUUCCACCAGCAUUAAAGACAAAAUGCUUAUACUAAAGAGUGAAAAUUAUACAAAGAAGACAAGAUGGGGAAGAACAGUAGGAAGUAAACAAGCAAAUGCACUUUUUGUCAUGGACUCAGAAAAGACAUGGGAUUUCCAUGAAGGUUUUGACAGUGGUACUGAUCAUUGGAAGUGUGGUGGUGGAAAUACUACCUCACAUAUCCAGACCCAUUUUGAAAAUUUGGAAAGUUUUGUAAAGUUUGUUCAAACAGAAGACAAAAGCAUUAUCACCUCAAAGAAAAAUAGAGAGCAAUUAAACGAUGAAGUUAUUUGUGAUCUGCAGGAUAUAGACAAUAAAGAUAAUAUAGUUUUGAACUGUCAAAAAGAACAUGUGAUAAAAGACAGUUUAAAUGUAGAUGUGCUUCAGAAUCAACUUAACAUGAAAAGUAAAGACACUACACAGAAUUUUAAUCCGGAACAUAUGGAAAAUAUAAUUUCAAGUUACAGUUGUGAAAAACAAGAUAAGGAAAUGAAAAUUGAACAGAAAAUGAAAAAUUGUAAAGAUCAAUCCAAUGCAAAUGUAAAUGAUGACAGUAAUAAAACAGAAAAGCAGACCAUCAGAAUACGUCCUUCUUUGUCACCUCGAAAAAGGCAUUCAGAUGAUUGUGACUUAGAAAAAGAAACAUAUAACCGUGAUAAACCAUCACUAUUUGUGUUAAGUGAUGGACAAGAAACUUUGUCUCGUCGAUGUUUGUGCCUGUCAAAUCUUAUCAGAAACCUUUCAUUUGUGCCAGGAAACGAUUUAGAAAUGUCCAAACAUGCAGGACUUCUUGUAGUUCUUGGAAAGCUCAUAUUACUACACCAUACACAUUUACCACAUAAGCCAUCUCAGCAACAUUAUAAUCAUGAAAAUGAUAAGGACAAUUCUGUCACUGAUGAUUCAUGCAGUAGUUUGAAUGGUGAUCAAGAAUGGUGGUGGGACAUGCUUCAUCUACUUCGAGAAAACACACUUGUCACCCUAGCUAACAUAGCUGGUCAGUUGAACCUUGCCCCUUUUCCAGAAGAAGUGAGCCUUCCAAUCCUGAAUGGUUUGCUUCACUGGGCAGUGUGUCCAUCUUCUUAUGCCCAGGACCCCCUUCCAACUCAACCAAUAUACUCCGUCCUGUCCCCUCAACGUUUGUCCCUUGAGGCCCUGUGUAAGAUUUCCGUUCGUAUCAAUAAUGUGGACUUACUUCUGGCUACUCCUCCUUGGAGUCGGCUGGAAAAGUUUUUUUCAUUUCUUGCCCAGUCUCUCAGUCCUAACAAAGAACAUGUGUUACGAGAGUUUUCAGUGGUGCUUCUAUCAAGCUUUGCUCAGGCUGAUAGCAGUAUUGCUAGAGCUAUUGCUCUUCAAGAUUUCUGUAUCUCCAAUUUGUUUACAUUUGUGGAACAAGCAGAACAGAGUGCUCUUCAGGUUGCCAACAGGCAAGGCAUCAAUGCCUUGCGUGAAAACCCAGAACUAAUGGGAACGACAUUAGAGAAGGUACGUCGUGCUGCCUCUACAUUACGGUGCCUAUCUCGUGUGCCAGAGAACAAGGGUCUGUUUAAGCAGCAUCAACAGCGACUCUUAAACUUAGUAAUGUCUCAGAUAUUGGAUCAGGGAGUUGCAUCAAUUAUUGCAGAUGUGUUGUAUGAGUGCUCUCAGGAUUCCCAAACAUCUAAUGAUGUUAACUCUUUAGGAUUUACUGUUUCUUAGUAAAACUUUUUAGAAAUAAUUGUUUUAAAAUUUCACGAUGUGACUUUUUUCAGCUCCCUCCCUACCUGGCCUUGUCACUUUUAGGUGCAAUGUUUCUAAGGUAUGGGGCCGAAAACCUUCUUCAUACAAAAUGUAUAGUUGAGAUGUUUAACUUGGCCCCCUUUAGGUAACAAAUUUUUGACAGACUGAAAUGGAGGGAACAGAAAGGCUCAAAACUUCAUCCUGUAGCCAAAAGAGGCAGAAGAUGUGCAUGAGAUGCUUGUAUUUAUUGCUAGAUAUUUUUUAAUUUUGCACUAGUUCUUGUGUGUAUACAUUAAUUUAGAAGAUGCUGUAAUACUAUAUAUAGUGUUAUUCAAGGUCUUAGCACCAAAAAUAGAUAUUAAAUCAUGUCAAGACACACUGUUGAGAUUAUUCUUCAGUGACAAUUUAUUACCUCUUUUCAAAAAGUGUCACAAAAAGUAAAACUCUUUGAUCUCGAACAACUUUCAGUAACAGAAACAAUAGAGUAUGUGCAUCCUACAUUAUGGACAAUAACUGUUGUUCUGAUUAUUUUAAAAGUACUACAUAUUUAUCUGCUCUAUGGAGGAUAAAAAUGUUACAACUUUAUUUCUUAGAUUUAAAAGUAUAUUGAUAUUUUGUUCAGUGAUUGAGGGGUAGAAAAAACAGAGUGACAAUGAAUGAUUCAAUUAUUUGGAAUAUGAUGUACAAUAUAAAGUUACACAUUUGCAGCUCAUAAUGGACGAUUUAAUAACUGGGACUGUGGGAAGGAAAUAUGAAACUACAUUAAACAAAAGCCUGCUCAUAAUUACUCUGUACAUGUAUAGAGAUGUUAGUAUGUAUGUGCGUAUAUAUAUAUAUAUAUGUGUGUGUGUGUGUGGUUAAAAAAUAGGGAGUUGGCUUUGGUGGACUUGAAGUUACUUUGACCUCAUUAUGUUCAUGGACUGUUCACCACCUUCAAGAUCAUUUCAAAGUGAUUGCAAUUUGUGCUUGGGGAUUCCCGAGUCCAGCACAUCCUUCUCCUUUUUAGUCCUUUGAUAUUGGUAUGAACUCGUACAAAUGCUUUAUACUAUGUAUAUGUUUGAUGAUAAAUCACAAAUAAAUGUACAGUAAACAUUC